AUGCCAAUUAUCUCUCGCUCCGGGGCAGCCGUGCCCCGAACUCUAGCGGGCCGGGCCUGCGCCUUGGGUUGCCUGGGCGCGGCCUUCGUUGUAGACGGAUGGGGAAGAAAAAGCGUCCUGUCGCACUAUCACACCACUAAUUACGCCGCGGAGCAGAGCUCAACGCAGGGCGGCGGUUUGGCGUCGACUGCCAGCGAGUGUGUUUACGAAAAGCUAGCACAGGUGUACCGUCACUCAUACGUG